AUGGAUGCUCUUCUUUCUGAAUUUUCAUCUCUUUCCUCAAACCUAUCUGCUCUGCUUCAAGGCUCAGUUUCUCUGACACUAACCUUACCAGCCAUGUUUGUCCUUAUCAUAGUACUGUGUUGUCUGAGGUUAUGGUCUAGAAAUGUGUACCUUCUUGACUUUGUCUGCUUUCUGCCUCCAAACAACCUUAGAAUCCCUCCCUCCAACUUCAUAGAACACUCUGAGAUCUGUGACUUCUCCAGAGAAGCCAUUGAUUUUGAGUCCAAAGUUUUUGAAAGAUCUGGGAUUGGACCUGAAGCUUGCAUGCCUGAUUCAGUUCAUGAGAUCCCACCUACUGACUCACUCAAGCAUGCCCAAGAAGAGAUUGAAUUGGUCCUCUUCACCAUUGUCCAAGACCUUCUUACCAAACACAAGGUCCACCCUAAGAACAUAGACAUCCUAGUAUCAAAUUGUAGCCUCUUCUGUCCCACCCCGUCCUUAACUUCCAUGAUCAUCAACAAGUUUGGUCUCAGAAGCAACAUAAAGAGCGUGAGCCUCAGUGGAAUGGGAUGCAGUGCUGGCAUGUUAUCAAUAAGCUUAGCUAAAGAUCUUCUCAGAGUUCACAAGAAUUCUUUAGCUUUAGUUCUAAGUAUGGAGGUUGUAGCUCCAAAUGGUUACAGAGGCACUGCCAAAUCCAAGCUGAUUCCCAAUGUACUGUUCAGAAUGGGAGGAGCAGCCAUUUUACUGUCUAACAGGAAACAAGACAAGAAAAUGGCAAAGUAUGAGCUAAAGCACCUUGUGAGGACUCAUUUAGGAUCUAAUGAUAAUGCCUACAAGUGUGUUUAUCAAGAGCCUGAUGAGGCUGGACAUGUGGGAGUGUCCUUAUCAAGGACACUUCUGCAAGUGGCUGCUCUGGCUCUGAGGACAAACAUCACAACUUUGGGCCCUCUUGUGCUGCCUUACUCCGAGCAGAUUCGCUUCUUGUGGUCCGCGAUUCGCCGGAGAAUCCAACAGGGAAGCAACCAGAAAGGAACAUAUGUGCCAAAUUUCAGAAAGUCCUUUGAGCAUUUCUGCAUACAUGCUGGGGGCAAAGGGGUGAUAGAUGCAAUAGAGGAGAGUCUGAAGCUGAGAAAGGAAGAUGGGGAAGCUUCUAGAAUGGCAUUGUACAGAUUUGGGAACACUUCAUCUUCUUCAAUUUGGUACGAACUGUGUUAUUUGGAGGCAAAAGGAAGAGUGAAGAAAGGAGAUAGGGUGUGGCAAAUAGCAUUUGGAAGUGGGUUCAAGUGUAACAGUGCAGUGUGGGAAUGUGUUUCUGAUAUUGACCCAACUGUGAAAAAUGCUUGGUCUGAUAUGAUCCAUUUGUAUCCACUUGAGAUACCUGAGUUUGACUAUUAAACAACAAUAACUACAAUGAUUACUUGUUUCCUUUCUUGUUUUUAAUUUUGCCUUGUGGAAAGCAUAGUUGAUG